GCAGCGCCUUAGCGCCCGGCCCGCCGCCGCCAUGCAUUGUGGGGCGGCAGCAGCAGAGCCAAGAUGGCGGCCAGCAGGAGGCUGAUGAAGGAGCUUGAAGAAAUCCGCAAAUGUGGAAUGAAAAACUUCCGUAAUAUCCAGGUUGAUGAAGCUAAUUUAUUGACCUGGCAAGGGCUUAUUGUUCCUGACAAUCCUCCGUAUGAUAAAGGAGCCUUCAGAAUCGAAAUCAACUUCCCGGCAGAAUACCCAUUCAAACCUCCUAAGAUUACUUUUAAAACAAAGAUCUAUCACCCUAACAUCGAUGAAAAGGGGCAGGUUUGUCUGCCAGUAAUUAGUGCUGAAAACUGGAAGCCAGCAACCAAAACUGACCAAGUAAUCCAGUCCCUCAUAGCACUGGUGAAUGAUCCACAGCCCGAGCAUCCCCUUCGGGCUGACCUAGCUGAAGAAUACUCUAAGGACCGUAAAAAAUUCUGUAAGAACGCUGAGGAGUUUACAAAGAAAUAUGGUGAGAAGCGACCAGUGGACUAAAUCCUGACACAGUUGAUGUCAGCACCGUGUGAUAGAAGAUCGGAGCAGUGCAUUUGAGACACCCCCAGUAAAGCAGGACUCUAUGGAAAAUUGACAAGUGCCACCUUUUGGUGUUAACUUGUGGCUGUUACUAACUUUCUACAGUUUUCUUAAUCAAAAGUGGGCUAGGUAACCUGUAAAGAAAGGAUUAAAAUUUAAGAUGUUCUAGUUCUGCUUUCUUUGUUUAAAAAAAAAAAGAAAUCACUGCUUCAAUAUUCUUUAAAGUAUGCUGGUUUUUUUUCUUUUUCUUGUCAGAAUUUAUCAAAAAUAUCUUAGACUUAUAUUCUGCCCUUAAAUUGAAAAGGUUGUGGCUGUCACUUCUUCUUUUUUUUGUUUUCCUUGCAGUUCCCAUUCUCUUGGGUUCAUUUAAUUCUUCAUUGAAUUUUAUCCUGCUCCCCAAACUGAUGUUUUAGGAAAGAGAGGAAAAAAGAAAAGAAAAAAAAAAAGUCCCAGUUCUGGCAGAAAAGUUGAGUGUUUGGCAGGUUUUGUUUCCUUUUCUCAAUGUUGCACUGUGCUUUUGUGGAACUUGUUGCAAGUUCCUCUUAACUUCAGUUUGUAACAUAAUAAACAACCAACCCACCCCACCAAAACCACCACAAUCAGAAAGGAUCUCCAGGUCUCGUGUAAAUCUGGCUGAUGUUACCACCAAAAUGUCUAUUAAACGGGGAAACCCAAGUUUUUGUCUGUGUCAUUGAAUUCAAAUAUGGCUUAGGUCCUGCUUUUGAAAAGCUUUGGGGUAAAAAAAAAAACAAUUCUGUAGCAAACAAGUAGUGGAAUGUGAUUGCAACCUUCUUUCACUUCUCUUCCUAAUAUUCAUGCAGAGUAGCUAAGGGAGAUGUGCACAGGACAACAUUGCCACCCGCUGGGAAGAGUGUCAGAAUUUGGGGACCACAAGGUACCAAAGUGAUCAAUUGGAGUUUGAGUUUAAAACUUAAUAGGGGUGAGAUGUUAAUUUUGGAUUUGAGUAGUGAAUCUGGCAGCACUGCUUGUCAUCCUAGAGCACCUUUCCAUCAGAAUGCAUAAGAAUCAUCUGUGUUUCUGGGGUGGCAUUUGUGCCCCUUCCUAGCCUGGUUCCUGUACUGCAGAUGGUAUGAGGAGAGGAUUAAGCAAUAACCUGUAUCAGAGCGUACUUCCCUGCUGCUCCUGCUCUAAACCACACAGGUUAGAUGAUUUAUGAGAACUUCAAGUACCAUUCUGUCACUAAAUGCAUCAGGCAGAGCCAUUUCCCCACUGCUCCAGGGCACCCCUACGCAUGCUGAAGGAAGCCCUUUCUGUUCAGAACUGAGCAUCCUUUACUGUGUCUCUGCUCUUCUCCUGCCUGUCUUUCCUCCCCGGUCUGCAGCGUGGUCAUAGCUCCACAGGCAAACUGCCACACAGUCAAACUGCCGCCUCCUCUCUGCCUGGCCAGGCUGGGUGUGCUAUCGAGCAAACGGCUUUGUCUCCAGAAAUCUGUAGGCAUCCAGGAGCACACAGCAGAUUGACGUGCAGAAAGCUGAGUUAGAAAAUCCCUCGUGCCCAGCUGGUUCUUUGUACUCCUGACUUCAGUUUUAGCACAGCCUCUGCCUUUGCAACCUUUCGGAACUAGUGUGUCAAGCAGUAGGUCUCUUGGUUUUAAUGUCUUGUAUAGCUGCUGUCUCCUCAGUCAUCCCUCUCUUCUGACUUUCAUUUCUUAGUGUGAACAAUGACAGCCCAGUACCUCACCUCUGUUGAAAGUAAAGUUUUUUUAUAAGUUAGGGAGCUAAGAAAUUUUAUGUUUAAGUGUUCUUAGACAGAUUCUUUGGCAGGUAAAUAAAGUUAUACCACGUUCACCUUAUUUGCAGAAACGUGCAUUUCCUAAGUGUUUUCAGGCUUGUGGGAGCACUGUCUAUGACCAGAUCUCCACGUUUUUGAUGUCUCCAUGUGCAGGAAGUUGGUACUGAUUUUGUUUCAUUCACUCUCACUCCGAUUCAUAAUAAAAUAAUGCCAAAUUACCUGUCAAGCUGAAGCGUGUAACUUCUGCACCACCUGAGUCACUGUACCUCUCUGAUCGUGUCUGUGGGCAUGGAGAUUUGCUGCUCUCUAAAGCUUUUCUCCUUAUUCAAACCAAAACCACAGCACUGGUUUGCUGCCCUGAUUCCUGCUCUGUAGUCCACUUGCUGGUUGUAAGCCUCUCCGAACGGCAGAAACGCAGUCUUUGCCCUGAGAGGCCUGGAUGCCGUGGGAAGGGGACUGGAAGGGCUGUGUAACUGGAGGAGCUCCAGGCCUGCAGCAGCGCUAUGCCAGCUAUUCCGAUUUCAUCUGCAGAGGUCACAUAGAAGACAGAUGUUGCUAUCACUUCUCUUGGUGUGUGCUUCAUAGCUCAAUUCCUAAACUACAAGAUGUGUAACCUAAGCCCUCUGAAAACAAGACAGAAAUGAAAUACUGGACUGUAUGGUUGAAGCCUGAGGAGAGAAAAAUCAAAGUCCGAAGUCCGAUGUUAACUCAGGAAAUCAUGUUCUUGUUCUCUCUGGUUCACUAAGCCAUGCUGAGUCCUGAACAUCCCAAAUAAAGACAACGUACUGCUGAAACUACACCCAGGAGUACUGGUACAGGCUUUCUGCAAUUCCAUUCUGCUACCCUAAUAAAACUUGCUCUCAAA